CAUUUUGAAGCAAAAAUUAACGCAUGGUGGCGCUGCAGGCUAAAGCUUCAAAACAAAAGCCAAUAAAUGCUAGGAACUCUACUUCAGAUCUCCAGCCAUAAAAGAAAAGCCUGUAAGCAGAGUCAGACCAGUAAGUCUCCAGAGAAUGCUGCUUACCUACCUUUCCGGACAGGUUAUCAACUGAAAGAUCGACCAAUAUUUCAGUCCCAUUGCUCCCUAAGGUACUGCUGGCCCCCAGCUCCUGCAAAGGUGUGUGCAGAAGUAAAGAUGGAGGCCGGAAGGGUUCGCAAACAAAGGCAAGUCCUGAUUUUCUUUCUCUUACUGGGAGUGGCUCAGGCAGACUGGGGACCCCGACGCUAUUUUGUGAUGGAGGAAACUGAGAGCGGUUCUUUUGUGGCUGACCUAGCCAAAGAUCUAGGGCUAGGAAUUGGGGAGUUAGCUGCGCGGAAAGCCCGGGUGGUCUCUGAGGAUAACGAAUCACGUUUGCAGCUUGAUCUGCAGACCGGGAAGUUGAUAUUAAAUGAAAAAUUAGACCGAGAGCAGCUAUGCGGCCCCACUGAGCCCUGUAUAAUGCAUUUCCAAGUAUUACUGAAAAAACCGAUGGAAGUAUUUCGGGCUGAGCUCCUGGUGGGAGAUGUAAAUGAUCAUUCUCCUGAGUUUCCUGAAAGAGAAAUGAUCCUGAAAAUCCUAGAGAGUAGCCCUCCUGGUACUGUGUUUCCUCUGAAAAAAGCUCAGGACUUGGACGUGGGCAACAACAACAUUCAAAACUACAAUAUUGGCCCCAAUUCUUACUUCCAUAUUUCCACUCCCAACCCGGGAGAUGGCCGGAAAUACCCGGAGCUGGUGCUGGACAAAGAGCUGGAUCACGAGGAACAGUGUGAGUUCAGAUUAACCCUGACAGCGCUGGAUGGCGGCUCUCCACCACGAUCUGGUACCACUCAGAUUCGUGUCAUGGUCCUGGACGUCAAUGACAAUGCCCCUCAGUUUGAGCAGACACUCUAUGAGGUGCAGGUCCCAGAAAAUAGCCCUUUAGGUUCCCUAGUUGUCAAGGUCUCUGCUAGGGAUUUAGAUGCUGGAGCAAAUGGACAGAUAACAUACUCGCUUUUUUAUAGUUCAGAGGAGAUAGGAAAAACUUUUGGGCUAAGCAACCUUUCAGGAGAAGUUAGACUAAUUAAAAUGCUAGAUUUUGAGACAAUAUCGUCAUACGAACUAGAUAUAGAGGCAUCUGAUGGCGGGGGACUUUCUGGAAAAUGCUCUGUUUCUAUUAAAGUGUUGGAUGUUAAUGAUAACUCCCCAGAACUAAUUAUUUCAUCAUUUGCUAGCCCUAUUCCUGAAAAUUCCCCUGAGACAGAAGUGGCUCUGUUUAGGACUCGGGACCGAGAUUCUGGGGAAAAUGGAAGGAUGGUUUGCUCCAUCCAAGAUGAUGUUCCAUUCAAGCUGAAACCUUCAGUUGAGAAUUUUUACAGACUGGUAACAGAAGGAGUGCUGGAUAGAGAGACAAGAGCUCAGUAUAAUAUCACUAUUACCGUCACCGACUUGGGGACACCCAGGCUGAAAAGCGAGCACAGCAUACUAAUCCUCGUCUCCGACGUCAACGACAACGCCCCUGCCUUCUCGCAGACGUCCUACACGCUGUCGGUGCGCGAGAACAACAGCCCCGCCCUGCACAUAGGCAGCGUCAGCGCCACAGACAGAGACUCAGGCAGCAACGCCCAGCUGACCUACUCGCUGCUGCCGCCCCAGGACCCGCACCUGCCCCUCGCCUCGCUGGUCUCCAUCAACGCGGACAACGGGCAGCUGUUCGCGCUGAGGGCGCUGGACUUCGAGGCCCUGCAGGCGUUCGAGUUCCGCGUGGGCGCCACAGACCGAGGCUCGCCCGCGCUGAGCAGCCAGGCGCUGGUGCGCGUCGUGGUGCUGGACGACAACGACAACUCGCCCUUCGUGCUCUACCCGCUGCAGAACGCCUCUGCGCCCUGCACCGAGCUGGUGCCCAGGGCGGCAGAGCCGGGCUACCUGGUCACCAAGGUGGUGGCGGUGGACAGAGACUCGGGCCAGAACGCCUGGCUGUCGUUCCAGCUGCUCAAGGCCACGGAGCCCGGGCUGUUUGGCGUGUGGGCGCACAAUGGCGAGGUGCGCACCGCCAGGCUGCUGAGCGAGCGCGACGCGGCCAGGCACAGGCUGGUGGUGCUGGUCAAGGACAAUGGCGAGCCGCCGCUGUCUGCCAGCGUCACGCUGCACGUGCUGCUGGUGGAUGGCUUCUCGCAGCCCUACCUGCCGCUGCCGGAAGUGGCGCCCGAGCGCGCGCAGGCCGACUCGCUGACAGUCUACUUGGUCAUCGCCUUGGCCUCGGUGUCGUCGCUCUUCCUCUUUUCGGUGCUGGUGUUUGUGGCGGUGAGGCUGUGCAGGCGGCGCAGGGCGGCGCCGCGGGGUGUGUGCUCUGUGCCUGAGAGCCACUUCGCUGGUCACCUGGUAGAUGUCAGUGGCACUGGGACCUUGUCCCAGAGCUAUCAGUAUGAGGUGUGUCUGAGAGGAGACUCUGAGAGUAAUGAGUUCAAAUUUUUGAAGCCUAUCUUACCCAAUAUUCUGAGACAACACUGUGGAAGGAAAUCAGAGGAUAUUCCAACCCUCCAGAAUAAUUUAGAUCAGCACAAGACAUAGAAGAGAUAUUUGAGAAUUCAUAUGGAGAAAACUUCUUUGUGUAAGCAAAUUGGAAAAUCUCUCAAAAAGAUUUUAAUAUUUGCACUGUAAAAAGUAUUUCAAAAUGGAGAGAAAUAUAAUGAGAUUAAUUAGUGGGGAAAGGACCACAGCCCAAUUCCAAAUCUAAAUAUGCACUAGAGAACUCAUGCUGGAGAGGAAUUAUAUAAAUUCAGUGAAUGUGAGAAAGUACUCAUUGAUGGUUAAGUCACAUAUGAGAUCACAUGCUGGGCACAAAUCCUAUCAAUGUAAGGAAUAUAGGGAAUACUUCAAAUGCCUCUUGUAUCUUAGGUCUUAUGUGAAAUUUACAUUGGGGUAGAAUACUAUGAGUAUGCAAAAUGUAAGAAAGACUAUAUUUUUUCUUUAUUCACUUCUGUACAGCUAGCAACUCAUGGUGAAGAUAAGCCUUAUGAAUGUAAAAAAAGUGAAGAAUUCUUCCAUUUUCUUUGAUGCCUGUGAAAAUUCUCAAUGAAUCUAAAAAUUGUGGGAAAACCUUCAUUGCCCUUUAUCCUUUAGGGCAAUAUGUGAGAACUCAUAUUGGAUUUGUAUUCUAUGAAUAUAAAACAACAAGAGAAAGUCUUUAUAUUUCACUUUCCUAAUGUACACGUUAGAACUACCAUUGGAGAAAAGACAACAAUAAAACUAAUGUGGGAAAGUCUUCAGUUAUUCCUUGAGACUUACUAUAUAAGUGAGAAAACUUGAUAAAGAAUCCUAUACAUACAAGAAAUGUGAGGCACUCUACAGUUUCCCUUCCUCCUGUAGUAACUAUGUGAGCACUAACACUGGAGAAAGGCCUUAUGAUUAAAAACAAUGUGAUGAAUCCCUCAUUCAUUUUUACAUUUACAGUGCAUUGCCCUUUGAAGGGAAACAUGGGGAUGGUAAAUUUCGGAUGUCAAUUUGACUAGAUUAAGGGAUAUGUAUAGGGUGCUAAUAACCAUUCUUUUCAGUGUAUCUGUGAGGGUUUUUCUGGAAGAGAUUGAUAUUUGAAUUAGUGGACUGAGUAAGGGAGAUCCACACUCACCCAAUAAGAGCAGGCACCAGCCAUUUGCUUGGGGGAACCGAUACAAGAAAAAGGCACAGGAAAAAGGCAUUUUCUCUGUCUUCUGAAGUUGAGAAGUCAAUAUAUUCUCCUACCCUGGAAGGUCAGAACUCCAGUUUCCUCAGCCUUUAGAAACCAGGACUUGCCCAAAGAGCAACCCAUGUUCUCAAGUCUUUGGACAUGGACUGAGCUUUGUCACCAGGUUAGCUGAUUUUCCAGCUUGCAGAAUCAUACUGUGGAACUUCAUGGCCUCCACAAUUAUAUGAGCCAAUUCUUUUUCUUGCUUCCUCUCUCUCCUCCUUCUAUCUUUCGCUCUAAUUUAUUUCUAUAUGUUUCUCUGGAGAACCGUGAUUAAUACAUUCUUCAGUUGCUCCUCAUUCCUCAUGUAACACAUGAAAAUUCUCACUAGAGAGAAAUCCUAUUAUUAUAAGGAGUAUAGGAAAAUCCCAACUUGUAUUUUGUUCUCUCAAAGGCAUGCAAAAAUUCACAUUAUAGAUAAGCCACAGAAAUGUAAGAAAUGUGGUACAGUGUAAUUACUAACACUUUAGAGUGCAUGUGAAAACACACACUAAAGAGAAAUCAUACAAAUAUAAAAUUGUAGGUAAGACUUCCAGUCUUUCUCAUUGCUUAGCCAGCAAGUGAGAACUCAUACUGGGAGCUAUGACUAAAGAGUGUAGAAAAUCCUUUAAUUUUCACUCAUACUUUCAAAGGCAUGUGAAAACUCACAAUGGAAUGAAACCCAAUAAAUAUAACCAAUGUGGGAAAACCUUUAGGUGGCUUUCAUAUUUAUGCAUAAGGAAAUUUAUUUUGGAAGAGAAAUAUUUAAAAUGAAAGUAUAGAAUUGCUUUGCCAGUAUCUCAUUCUUCAAGUGGACCCCUAGCUCAUAAUUUAACUUUUUUAUUAAUAAAAACCUCUUUGGUAAUGACCAUUGCUCCUAAUACCCUUUCACCUAUCACACAACAUUUGAUAUAUAUUAUGGUUCACUCAUGUAAAUGAUUAAUUUCAACUAUGAUGUUUCCUUGGACUUAUGGCUAACUUAAAGCCUAUUUUAACUUGCAAAUAAAUGUUUUUG